AGUAGGCAGUAGGCCCUGGGCUGGGCCUAGCAGACCUGGCUGCUGUCUCCAGGUUCUGCAUAGGGUGCCUGCUAGCCCACUCUCCUCCUCUGGGCCAAUCACAGAAUAAACAGGGAAGAAACCAAGAGGUGGAUUAACAUAGCUGGACAGGGAGGCAGAGGACAUAUAGUGCCACUUCAGGGACAGGAAGGAAGACAGUCAAUACCUCUUUUCUGACACCAGGCAGAUCUCAUUGCUAAAGCUCUGGGAGACUGACAUAACCUCUGAUCCUUUCAGGGGGACAACAAGGACAAGGUGAGGCAGGAAAGGCUGCUGGCACCACCAAGCCAUAUCCCACAAAUAGCAAUGCAAUAAUACAGAGUAGACCAGAACCAACCCAGAAAGAGACACAUGGUGAGAAUUCAGCACAACCUAGGGGAAAGCUAGGAUUUCUAGUCGAGUGGUGCUUCAUGGACUCUACCCUGCAGAUACCAGCCAGGUCACCAUAUACCAGAGGCCAUCUUGCCUGAGGAAGAGCAAAGAUGAUAUGUGACUCCAAGGCUGAGGGUCCAGUUGCGUCAGGGUGGUAGGAGAUGCACCCCCUUUCUGCACAUCCUGUUUUCUGCUAAUGGUUUCCAGGUAUAUCUUGUCCAGCUCAUAGCCCACAACCCAGGAAGGAGGCCCAUGUCUUCCGCUGCCCGCUGAGCCUCAGGAGUUAAUAAUUAAGGGUUUAAGAAGAUAGAAGCCCGUCUGGGAGGCCCCGCCCGGCCGCUGUGCUGCUGCUCCUGAGAGAUAGCAAAGGUUUGGGUCCUGUACCUGAGAGGAACUUUAGAGAGGAGACCUGGGAUGCAAACAGCCCACCCCAACAAGACAAGGGCCUCCCUGUGGGCCUCUCUGCUAUCUCAGUCCCCUGGAAAAAUCUGGGCUCCAGCAAAGGUGACAGGGAGUCCCCAGGAGGCCUGGUAGAAGCCUCCACUUCCUGGGAGGAGACCCGGGGUGAGGAACACCCAGCAGCUGCUCCACUGGAUGUGUCACGCCUACGCAGCUCCUCCAUGGAGAUCCGAGAGAAGGGCUCCGAGUUCCUAAAGGAGGAGCUGCACAAAGCCCAGAAGGAGCUGAAGCUAAAGGAUGAAGAAUGUGAGCGGCUUUGCAAAGUACGUGCACAGCUGGAGCAGGAGCUGGAGGAGCUGACAGCCAGCCUGUUUGAGGAAGCUCACAAGAUGGUUCGGGAAGCCAACAUGAAGCAGGCAGCAUCAGAAAAGCAGUUGAAGGAGGCUUGGGGCAAGAUCGACAUGCUACAGGCAGAGGUGACAGCCUUGAAGACACUGGUCAUCACAUCCACACCAGCCUCUCCCAACCGUGAGCUCCACCCACAGCUGCUGAGCCCCACCAAGGCCGGACCCCGAAAGGGCCACUCACGCCAAAAGAGCACCAGCAGCUCCCUCUGCCCUGUGGUAUGCCCCGCUGCAGGGCAUAUCCCCACCCCAGACAAAGAAGGCAAGGAGGUGGAUACAACCCUGUUUGCAGAGUUCCAGGCUUGGAGGGCAUCACCUACCCUGGAUAAGAACUGCCCCUUCCUAGAAAGGGUGUACCGGGAGGACGUGGGUCCUUGCCUUGACUUCACAGUGCAGGAGCUCUCAGCUCUGGUUCGGACUGCUGUGGAGGACAACACACUCACCAUUGAGCCCGUGGCUUCACAGACUCUGCCCACUGUGAAGAUGCCCACUGUUGAGUGUAACAACACCAACACAUGUGCCCUGAGUGGACUGGCACGUACCUGCCACCAUCGAAUCCGCCUGGGGGACUCUGAUAGCCACUAUUACAUCUCACCGUCCUCCCGGGCCAGGAUCACUGCAGUAUGCAACUUCUUCACCUACGUUCGCUAUAUCCAGCAAGGCCUGGUUCGGCAGGAUGCUGAGCCGAUGUUCUGGGAGAUCAUGAGGCUGCGGAAGGGGAUGUCACUAGCCAAGCUUGGCUUCUUCCCCCAGGAGGCCUAGGGCAUCGCCCCAGGCCUGAAGUAAGCUCUGAGCUAGAGCAAACAGCUGCCUUGGGACAGACAGACAAGAAAUCUCGAAGCCAGCUCUGAGCCAGAAGCUGAAAGGACAGAUAAACAGACUGUAAAGACAGUUCUGAGCCAGUGCCACCCACCCCUCCUGGGACAGACAGAGAAGGACAGCCUGGCCUGGACUUCAUGAGAUGACCCUCUUGCCCACUGAGCUCUGUAGCCAACAAGAGAAUCUCAAGAAAGCACCAAAGACCACGGAGCUCGGAGCAAGGAGCUCAGUCCUAGGGAGAGGGACCCUCGAGUAGCCAGUACCCCGACCACAAUCCCCUACUGCUCGCCAAUGCUCUCUUGCUGCCACUUCAAAGGGACUGUUCUAGGGUGACUGUAUCUCCAGGGUAUGCGCUACCACAACCUCUAAGCCCUGGAACACCAGCACCCCCUUGUGGCCAUCUCUCACUCUGUUCUCAAGUGGCCUCAUUAGACUGCCUCAGUGGUAGGGCAAGUGUCUCUAAUCUGAACAAGGUAGAGGGAUAACUGCUCCAAAGUGCUCUGAAGGUGAGGCAAAGAUCCCUCCUCCAUUCUUCUGCAUAGAGGCAUUCUUCUCCCCGUCCUUGUCCUCUCGGCUUCAACACCAUCUCCAGGAGACCAUGUUCCUAAACAUGCCAGGAAGUCUGUACCCUUUCUUCCCAAAGUGUGCCACCAGGGCAGCCUCAGGACUUAACCCUGGGCAGCCAUCCAGACUGCAGGGGCCCUGUAUGUGGGACUGGAUGGAAAGGGCGGGCUAAGCAGGACAUGGACUCUGCCUUAUCCAUCAUAGCCCACUGGGAACUGGGCUCGGGGGAUCCAACCUGGACAUAUCCCUCACCACGCCCCUAUUUCCUUCAAAUGGAAUGUAACACGAUCUCUAUUUAAUAAAGGAAGGCUUUGUUGGUAGGGGCUAGGCGGCAGUGGCCUUCACUCCUGUGCCCUGGCUCUGGCCAGGGCUUGGGCAUCUGAAGGAAUGAAAUCAAAUCCUUUCCUAACUGGCCUCGUGCUUGGGAUUAAACCCAAAUCCUGAAGCUAC